CUGUAAUGGGCACUCGGAGGGCAACGUUGCUCUCGUCAUUAAAAGUUGUGGCAAAAUCCUUAUAGUCUCAAUUGAAAUUUCCAUCAUUCUCGUUGAAUCCGCGGCUCCCUUUGGAAACCUCGCGUCAGUAUCAUCAAAUUCCUUCUAAAAAAAAAGUAAACAACAGUGUCAUGUGUGACAACUUUCCUACGUGACUUAUUCUGGAACGUGUGUGGAUCCUCAAAGGGUUGUGGCUAUAUCAGUGUUAAUCAGUUUCAGUGUUAUUCAGUGUCUGAUCAUCCCCUGAGAGCCUCCAAUUUAGUGAUCUGUCCCAGUGGCCUUCCCAGGACAUCUGAAUAUCCUCGACAUUUGAGCGCACGACAGGACGCCUGUCCUCUCCUACAGGUACCUAAAACCUUGCAAAUGUCCUCAUAACCCUCCGAACCCCGCAAAAACCGCCCCAUCCCUCUCCAAAAGCCCCUCAAUCCCCUCGAAUUCGCUUUAAGCACGACUGCGACACGAAAAAUACUCCGAGAACUCGAUUAAAAGAAAAACUACCCCCUAUGCAUCCACCACGACUCCUCACCAGAGACAAAGAAAAUGUCACCACCCCCCUAACCACCCCAUUUCCCCUGACCGCGGGAUAACCCACCUGUCAUCAGGUAGGGCUAAGCUCGUCCCUCAACACUCAGGUGAUGGAUCCAGUGGGUCCAUGGUACACCUCAUACAAUCGUUUACCCCCAAGCACCGGCACAUUCCCCGGUGGCUCAACCCCAGACUUCCUCCCCCAUCAACCUCCCACAACCUCAACCCCCUUAAUCCUCCAGUCCCAUCCCCCCUCCACUCUGGCUGGUCAACCGACCUUCAACCCAAGUGGCUUUCUGACACCACCAUCAGUCAGCUACGACGUGUUUUCCCCCUUAUUCCACCCAUCGAAUCCCAAACAGUCCCACUAUGCCCACCGACAAAUGCUGCCUCAGCCUGGAGGCAAAGCCACUUCCCCAGAGCCCGAAGCCACCAUCAGGGAUUACAACGGCCCCCAGACGAAUUUCUUUGAGAAUCAGGCUGGAUCAGGUCUCACCUGGAACAACCAGAAUAAUCAGUUGCCCAGCCCCUUCGGGAUUCUCCCCCACGAGAGUGUCACAUCAUCACCAGGUCCUGGGGUCGUCAAGUCAACUACCUACGAGAAUAAUUUCCAUAGUCCCUUCAAUCCAGCAGCUCCUCUCAACAGUCUGAAUCCCAUCCAGCCCAAUGCCUUUAAGAGUGCUAAUUUCGAUGGUAAAAAGGCACGAGAGCCAUCGCCAAGUGUUAAAUCCGGGGUAAACCAGGUUCCAUCGUCCUCAGGGACUCCAGUGGCAGGCCCAUUCUUUCAACAAAUUCCCACAACCUUCGGUAACGAUGACACAAGUCUUGGGAAUCCAGGGGGCAUCGGAACUCCAGGAAAUUAUCAACCUGUUGCUCCCACGAGUAAAGUACAACCAUCCCUACACACCCAACAAUCGUGCAUCGUCUCUGCUCAAACGACCCCCUCGGGGAAGGAUUACAGGCUCCAGGGAGCACUGAGAACUCCAACUACGAUAUUCCAAGGUGCUAGUGCUCAAGAGAAGCCCAGGGUAUUCGGCUCAAGCCCUGCGAAGACUGGCAACGGCAGUGUCCCGACUAAAGCUCAAUCCAAGGUCUAUCCUGAUAUGAUGACCUCGGAAUUACGUAGAGAUCCGAUAAUGGAAAGCAGUCAGUCCUCCCCGAUUAGCUUCUCUAUGAUAGACACUAGGGGCAUAAAUUACAACGCGACGACGACCCCAACGAGCGCUCCGAAGCUCCAGAGCCAACGUACACCUCCAAAUCCUGGGAUUCAGCCCCAGCACCAGCAAUUUCACGUUCUGAAUCAACAGACACCAGGACAAACACCUUACAGGCAUUACCCAGGCUCCCAGGUGGAGUCCGAAUACCAUCACCCUAGAUCGAAGUCAGCGGCUUCGACGGAUUCAGCUUAUUCCUCGAAUACCUCGCAAAAUGGUCCUGAUUGUGGUGUAGUUGUGCCCAGGAGGCCCAGUCCUCUUCAGGCGCACUCCCAGGCGAGUCCCCUAGGUCACGUACCCAGUCCUGCUUAUCCCAUGUACAACAGUCCCAUGGCAUCAAUGUCAUCACCUUCUCCACUGCAACAUGAUACUGGAAAUCAGUGCUCAAGUGCUAGUUACAAAGGAAAUCAGCAAGUUACACCACCAGCUCCCCUGGACGUCUCUGUUCCCAGACCGGCGUCCCAGGGUCAGGUGGGCUAUCCCUCAGUGAUAACUAGGGCCUUGGCACCUGGGGACAAUAACAAUUUUGCCGGGGAUAACAGGUAUGACCGGCAGGAAUUCGGGCAGAAACAAAUUUGCUGGGAUAAUAACGACAGGCAGAGAAAAUUCUCGGGUUAUUCUGGGGAAAUAAAUCCUGUGGGGCAGGCUCAGAGAAGUGCAACGUACUUCGAGGGAGGUGCUCCUAAUCGCGUGCCCCUGCAGGAUCUGAGCAGCUGCAGGGACCCAAUGAAUGGAAAACCCCUUGCUCAGGCGUCGUGUCAGGUGCCGCAAUCUCUACAGCAGCCUCCAGACGUUCAGAAGGAGGUGGAGGAUCGCAGGAAAGUAGAUCCCUCCAAGAAGCGUAGAAGCUUCAAUAAGGCCCAACCAUCCCUCAGCGAACUCCCUCCAGCCCCCAUGACUGAUUAUCUCAAUAGAGUACCCCCGCCGGCUCAUCACAACUCCAAUCAACAAAAUCAGAAUGGAUAUUAUGACUUUGAGAGGUGGAAUCUACCCCCAAACGCUCCGAAAGUGUUUGCUGCUACCUCUGGAGCAUUCGCAGGUCAACCAGGCCUUCAUUCAGGAAAUUUCACAGGGGGACAUCAGCAAGGAAUCGUUGGGCACCAUCCAACAACCGGUAUGUCCUAUUUUCCAGGGUUUCAUCUUACCUCUGGAGCACAUGGAAAUCAUCACCCUGAAUUUCAAUCUGGUGUCGAUAUGCCAUCAAUUCCCUUUGAGAAUUCCAACAGCACUCAUAACUCUGGCUAUCAAGAUUAUCGUGAGGAUCAGCCCAAGGUGAUAGUUCCCAAUAUCGAGGAGGAGUUGGGCUUUCUCCAGCAGAAUGAGAUAGCCCAGCAACAGGCGAAUCAGCUGUCCAGGGAGUUGAAGGCCAACAGUAAGGAUCCCAACUCUGGUUUCAUGACGAGUUACCUGAAGUUUCUUCAAGGAGAACGAGAGCCAUCACCCCCGCCAGCUAUGAGAGGAGGGAGAAAAGCAACCUGGAGUAGGUCGAGGCCAUACGUUCCACCUGAGUUGAACAGAUCGUGUGAGGCUAAUGGACAGAUGGAUCCAAAGAUGCAAAAUUCAGGGAAGGAGCCAGCGACGAUUGAUUAUGCCAAUGAUCCCAGGUAUUUUCCACUGCCUAAGGAGAGAAAGAAACCCUACAUCGAUUCCAGUGAUGAUGGGAUUGAAAGUGAGGAUGACUUUCCAUUCACGCUGAAGAGUGAGAAGAAGAAGGGACCUGUGGAGAAUUCCCUGGUGAAGACUGAACUGCCCAGGCCGAAGAAGGGAAGGCCGAUAAAGCCAGGGGGUCCUACUGACAGGAAAAGGAAGGCUGCUGCGCUUGCUGCUGCCCAGGCUGCUGCUGAUGCAGCUGCGGGAAAGCCCCCCAAGGAGGUGAAGGAACCCAAGGAGCCUAAGAAGGAGCCUCUGCCACCCCGGAGGGAGACCUCCAAGAGAAAGGCAAAGGAUCAGAUUUCUAGUAAACAACUGCAGGAACACUCUGAUGGUGAUGAACAAGGUGACUCAGACUCUGAUCCUGCAUGGACGCCUGCAGCUAAACUCGGGCCUGGGGAUGAGGAUAAAAAAAAGAAGCGAGGGAGACCUGUUAUUAGCAAACGCGCGAAAAAUCUUCUCGAUGCUGAUGAUUAUUCCUCGGUGGAAGUGGUUGGGAAGAGGGGGAGAAAGAAGAACGAGAACAAGAAUUCCAUGGCCAAGGUAUCGUGUAAAAUCGAUGAGAAGCUGUUGGCAUCCGUCACGGACGAGGAUAUCGAUAUUUCUCCGUUCAAGCGAUACCCCGAGGAAGUAGACAAUGGGUCUGGAGAAUUCGUGGUGAUGAAGGCUGAGUUGAACGAGGAGUAUCCAGCGUUGUGGAGAAUAGAUGGAAAGACAUUACUCCAAAAAUACGAGCCCUUUGCCUCCAACGGUAAAACCUUGUAUAGAAACAUAUCGACUUACUCUGGUUGGGCGCCCCAGAAUCGGCACAUUUACCAGCAAGUGCCAGUUAAAUUCUGGCAGCACAGCAAAAUGGAAACUAUUGUGGAAUUCCUCAGGGACGAAAUGCUCCUAGACGACUCUGAGUACGUGGAGAGGCGUGUUAAAGAGUAUGAGAAAUACCAGGACCAUUUCGAGGUUUACAUACAGACACUGAUAUCUCAAGCACUUGACUCAAACUUCCUCACUGAGAUAUUCCAAGAACAAGAUGAUUAUUUCUUAUCGAAUGUUAAGACGGUCGAUGAUAUGACGGAGGAGAGGAAACGUCUGCUGUUAUCGACAACCAAGUGGGGGGAAACUGUUAUCAGUGCUAUCUCCACGUGGCCGUGUCUCAAUAUUCUCAAGGAUAUACCCAGUGCCGAGUACAGAGGAAAACAGUGUAAUGGGUGUCAACUGAGUAAAGUAUUUGCUAGAGUUUUGCUUUAUGGACAGCCUUACAACGCCACCACCCUGGAGGGAUCCCCUCCGGAUUUAAAAGUGCCUCAGGAAAAGGACUUUCUGCUGUGCAGAGUUUGUCAGACUAAAGUGGGACUCUUCAAUAAAGUUGCCCAUCAAAAAUACCUAAUGUUCCUUGAGUGUGCCAGGAGAGUAGCUGACAAAAGACUGGCAGAUCAGAAUAAAGACACUACUAUUAUUCUCAAUGAAUUACUCGCUGACGAGGUCUGGCUGAAUCAGUUAUUCAAGGAAGUUCGAACGAUUUGGGCCGAAAUCGACAACAUCGAGCAUCAAGUUCGGAUAAAAGAGAAUGCAAAAACGAACAGAGAGCGUGAAAUUGAUUGUGAAACGCAUUGCAAUGACGUUCCCUCAGGUACUGACGCUAAAACACUCAUUGAAGGUCUCACCAAGGACUCACUUAUGACAGACUCUGGUGUGAGUGUUUCGUAGUAAAAAUCCAGUGACAAUUAAUCAACAAGAAAUGUAAUUAUUCUGAUGAAUAUGCGAGUGAUAAAAAAAAAUCUGAAAGACGAUUGAUGCAUGCUGAAGGGGGGGGGGGUGAAUUGUAAACAUUAGACAAUAGUAUUUCUAACAUUGAUUAGAAUUUGCAGAAGAAUUUAGAAAGAAUAUGUAUGAUAUUUACUCCGGGUCACUAUUCUAGGAUAAUAUUCAGGAGAGACGUGUCUUUUGCCAUUCGAGUUUAAUUUAAUUGUAAUUAUCAGGAAGAGACGGAAUCAUUGGUGUGAAUAGAUUACAGUUUAUGAUUAUUCUAUAGUUGAUACCUAAGGAAUGAAAAUUUUAUGUCCUUUGAAACGGGCAAGUGAUAAGAGCGAAUGGUUAAUGUAAUAUACAUACGAGUUAUGCAUCAGUUAACGAAUAAGUAGAGAUUUCAUUAUUUUAUUCAGUUCUGAAGGGAUGGAAUUUCCGUCAAUUCUCUGUGAUUUUUUCCACUCAUUCAAUGAAACCUGUUGCUCAGGAUAAUUGAAUCAUUUCAUUUUUUUUUCUCUUCAGGACUGAAUUCAAUAAUCAGGAUACAUAAUUUUUUUUUUCUUCAUAAUCUGGUGCAAUAAAGAUUCUGGAUUCAUUUUUUACUACUUUU